AAUUUUUCAGUUGCUCGCGUGCAGGCACUCGACAAGGUCGCACUUGUUAGGUUCUCCCGUGUCUAAAAGCUUGUUGUUGGCCAGUCGGCCCUUCGAAAAAAAAGAGACAAGUAAAAGAUGGGGUCUGCCAUUCGCUUCACCCUGUUUUUUGCCAUUUUAUAUUUUAGUGUUGUUUUUAUAAAUGCCUCUGAAGAUGUCGAGUUGAAGGACCCAACUUUGGUGGCAAUUUCUACCUUCGCAGCAAACAGCAUUUUGAAAGACGCAGAAACAUUCGGUAUUCAGAAUACUUCGUCACUUCACAAGAUUAUGGAUGCACAUGUUGUGCCAGCUUCCAAGCCUUCGCCAACACAAUAUAUGCUGACUAUCGAACUUGGAAAUAAUUGUACCAAUACAAAUGACAAUUGCACUGGAGGAAGGCACAUUUGUGAAGUCAGUGUCCUUGAUGCACCUUGGAAUGAAAAGCGUGUUUUGGAUGAAGAUAAAACGAAAUGUGCUGACAGAGAACCCAAUACCCCUCCAGAGUUCAUUGAUAGUACAACUAUUGCCACUUCCCUUUUGCUGGAAGAUGCAGCAACUAAAGCAUUAGCUGAAAAAGCUGUGGUUCAGAUGGGAGAACGAAGAGGAGGAAAACAUACUUUGAAGCAUAUUGGACAUGCCAGGAAAGUUAUGAUGGAAGAGUCCAAUAGCAACUUGUACUAUUUAACAUUGUACAUUUCGACAACCGACGAAAAUAUUGUAAAUGAGGCAUGUGAAGUCUCAAUGGAAGAAGCACUAUCUAAUUCAGAACAAACUCUUCAGUCUCUUCGAUGUUUUAACACCGGUGACAAUGAAGGAGCUGACAAGUACGGUAUCACACGUGUUCCGUCUGAGGAGCUGACUACAAGUUUGAUUCGGCAUGCCGUCCUUGCUUCGUUGGCUAUUAUUGAUGCAGAAUCACUUUCCGCAUUUCAGUUCAAAGUUAUUGGCUACUCGUUAGUUGAUUCUCGUGUUUCAGUCGAUAGUGGAACCAGAGAUCUUGAUUUAAAAAUGGGCUUGGUACCUACUCUAUGUCUUAAGCGUCCUGAAGAAGAAAAUGAAGAUGAAUCGAAAUCUUGUACCAUCGACACAGAACGUGAUCCAUCAAUGUGCACCAUCACUCUCACACAAUGGCCUUGGGUUCUUGAUGGAUAUCUUUUCUCUGACUUUGACUGUGAACCAACCAGUUAUGCAAUUAUCGGAGAAGAACUAGAAGCUUACACGGACGAAGAUGGAUCAGCAGAAGAAGAAGGAGCUGAAGUGGAAGAAGUUAGCAGUAAUGCUGUCCAGUCUGGCAACAGAAGAGAAAGCGUGGAAGAAGUCGAAGAAGGAGAAAAUGAAGAAGAAGUUGAAGAAGAGGUUGCUGUUGCUCGAAGUGCUCCGUGCUUAGGUUGUCCAGCAAAUAUGGAUGUUGACUCAAUCCAGGUCAAAGAGUUGGCGAACUUUGCAUUAAGUGCCCUUGAGGACGCUGCAAAUUGCACUAAAGUUCAAAGCAUUUUGCGCAUCACGAAAGCCACUAGUCAAGUUGUCAGUGGUACGUUGUACGUGUUGACGAUCGAACUGGUGGACACAAAUUGUAUCCGAAGUGAGAACACUGAUCGCUCCCAGUGUCCAGCUAAUGAGUUGACCGAAGGGAAUCACCGCCAAUGUACUGUUGGAAUUUGGGAUCAGCCAUGGCUCAAUUCUAAACAAAUUCGUGAACCACAGUGCUCAUCGCAUAAUGUAACCAUUGUGAGACGUUCCAUCACAGACUCCAACGAUGGUGUAAAGACCGCAAGAAGUCUUAGCCCACUUUCUCCUGACGAUGAGGAAGUAAAAGAUAUUGCCGCAUUCGCCCUUAAUCGGCUCGAUUCUUUCGAUGAUUCGAAUUCCAAAAAGCGUUUUCUAGUAACCGUCGUCGAGGGAACUGCCAGUACUGAAGGCAGGUCGAAAACCUUCAAGAUGAAGAUUCAUGUUGCUUUAGCGGAUUGUCCCGAAGGAGGCAGUGCAAACAACGAGGCUUGUCUGGCUAGUCUUUCAGGAAAUCCCCAGCACUUUCUGUGCGAUAUUCAAGUUCUGGUUCCACUGCGGGACAGUAGAUUCGUGCAGCGGCGCUUGGUGAAUUCGAGAUGCUUCCCGAUGAAACCCGCUCAUGAAAUGGGAAACAACGAAGAAAACAAAGACUUGGUCGGAGAAGGCUCUGACUCGCUUAAACACCCACCUCACAGGAAAACGGCGAUCGGCGCCCAGGAGUCGGCUGAUAAAUCUAGCCCCUAUAUUCAGUCGGUGGCAGACUUCGCCACCAAAGCCAUCAGUCAGAGGAGCAACGGAAACAUUCUCAACCUUAUCCGCGUUAUCCGAGCCGAUACACAGCUGGUAGCCGGCAAGAAAGUCACCUUGGACGUUGAGGUCGGCUUCACCAACUGCAGCAAAGCCGAAGGCGCCGGGACCUUCUGCCAGCUUGAUAGUUCCCAGGCGAAUGUCAUAUGUCAUGUUACUGUUUGGGAUCGUGCAUGGCUAAACGACCGUAAGGUUACCAACGUGACUUGCGACUCGCUAUCUCUUUCAUCUGCGAAUCAAGAGGAUGCUAUUACCACAGAAAUGCCGGCAGUUGGCCUGGAUUCAGCGACAUCUUCCAUCGUCGGAGGUCACGGCCAGGUCGACACCAUGUCAACUGAAAUUGAAGCUUAUUCUGACUUCGCAUUGGCUGUCAUUGAAGAGCAAUCUAACGCAGACGAAAAACUUAAAGUGACCAAGAUUCUUGCGUCGUCAGUGCAGAUUGUCCAAGGGAAAAAUAUCCGAUUAUCGCUCGAAGUUGCCUCUACCAGUUGCAAGAAAGAUCAACCCAUUGGGGACAACUGUGCUAUCGAUGAAAGCAAAGGCUUCCAAGUUUGCAAUAUUCAAAUCUGGGACCGAGCUUGGCUUCAAGAGAAACAGGUCACGGAUUUAAAUUGUCAACCGAAACGACAAAAAUCCAAUGACAGAAUUCCUAAAAGCGAAGAUUUUGAUGAGAGUCCUUUUGCCGGCCAUGUUCCUCCCACCUUCCGACUCGGUGGCGACGUGGAAUUAAUCAACAAAGCGCCACGCCUUGGAGGAAGAAAUACUCAAAGGAAUGUGCCAUUGGUGGGAGGAUACUCCGCAGCCGAUCCGACAGAUCCAGCCAUCUUGGAAAUAGCUAAUUUUGCAACUCAAUCUGCUAGCAGUUCGCAAAGUACCGAUGCCUCAAAUUCUGCACCAUUCACAUUGGCCAAAAUCCAUUCGGCCAAAAAGCAAGUGGUUGCUGGCAUCAACUUUAAAUUGGAUCUGGAAUUCACUCGACUUAAUGAAUCGCUGUUUUGCCGGGUCAUUGUUUUAGAACAAAGCUGGUUGUCGGUACGGGAAGUAACCAACAUGACCUGCUUUCCGCAGGGGUUCCCAGUCUCAAGCGCCACCCAGCGAAAAGGCAAAAACGCUCUCGGCGGUUAUCGACCGGCUGCUAUUCACGAACCUGCCGUGAAGGAUGUCGCAACAUUCGCCGUGUCUGCCAUGUCCGAGGCUUCCCCGAGUGCUCCGUUCGCCCUCAUGAAAAUUAAAAACGCUGCCAGACAGAUAGCGAGUAAACAAGUCAACUACAAACUGACGAUGCUGCUCUUGAAAGAUAAAGCUACGCUCAUCUGCAACGCAGUGGUUGCCGAGAAAUCAUCUAGCCAAUUGGUCAGCUCUUCUUGCCGUGAUAGCAAAAAGCGUCGCGGUCUUGACGGAGGUUACAGCCCAUCUGACAUCAACGAUGCUUCCGUGAAAGAAAUGGCAGACUUUGCUACCCAGGCCAUCAGUCGAUCUACAAACGCCGGAGCACUUUCUGUAGCGAAGAUUAUCUCAGCUGAAACUCAAGUCGUUUCGGGAAAAAAUUACAAAAUGACCUUGCAGGUACAGGGUGAUGCUGGAGUUCAAACUUGCGCUGUUGUUGUUUACGACCAAAGCUGGACAAAUACGCGCAAGCUAACGUCUUUUAAAUGUGAAGAUCCUACUAAAAGUCGCGUGAGCCGUCAAUUGCAGAUCAGGCCACGACGCCCUGUACCUUUAAGUCCUCCCGUACGACCAAAUAAUUCCGAACUUUCGAUCCAGCCACCGUCUCAUUGCGUUGGUGGAUACUGCCCGAUUGAUCCCAACGAAAAAGCUGUGAAAGAAAUGGCCAACUUUGCCGCAAUUUCACUAAGUCGUUCCAUGAAUUCUGUACCUUUAAAACUCGCCAAAAUUCGUUUCGCUGAACGUCAAGUAGUUGCAGGAUUUAAUUAUCGACUCGAUUUGGAGUUUACUGAGCCUAGAGGCACCGUUCAUUGCAAGGUUGUUGUUUUCGACCAGGCCUGGACAUCAACGCGCGAACUUAGCCAGAUGCAGUGUGAACUGGCAGCUCCGACCAUCCCAUCUGCAACGAAAGAAGAAACUGUGGUGGAAGCAGCCAUCAAAACAUCCGAACCGGGAACUGGCGAAACACUUGAUUCGGCUCCGCAACUUGGAACUUACGUCAGUAUCGACGUUUCCGAUGAACAGGUCGGGGAACUAGCAACAUUCGCCACCACGAUUCUGAGUCACGCAAGGAAUGCUGGCGAUUUGACUCUUGUGAAAAUCUCGUCCGCAUCAAAACAGGUUUUGGAUGGGCCAAAUUACCAAUUGGGUCUUCAAGUGAGUAGUGUUGAUGGAACCAACUUGAUGUGCGAUGUAGUCGUUUACUCUCAGGGAAAUGCUCGUCAACUCACAUAUUCUAGUUGUGCACCCUUGACUCGCCGUAAGCGCUCUUCCGAUCGAAUGACUGGAGGUGUUACCUCCAUGGACCUCCACAGUCAGAAAAUCAAAGAGUUGUCAGAUUUUUCUGUAUCGGCCAUUUCUCUUCGUUCUAACGAACCCAACGCUCCCAGUAAAGUUCGAGUUUUGAAUGCAUCUAAACAAGUCGUCUCUGGAAUGAUGUACACACUACAGCUCGAGUUGAACUUUGUCGAUUGCCAGCAAGAUAACGAAGCCUGCAUUCGCCGUCAGAUCUGCAACGUCUCCAUCUGGGAACAACCUUGGCUGAAGAAGCGAGAAAUUACCAAACUGACAUGCAAAGAUCAGAUUACCAAAACAGCAAAUGCUUUUCAGUCAUCCCUUUCACGGCGCCAUUUGCUGGGUGGAAUCACUCCGGCCGAUCCUGCGUCUGAAGAAAUUAAAGCCCAUGCCGCAUUUGCUCUUCAAGCCAUCCAGACUCAAUCGAAUUCAAGAAAUUUGUUGAAUAUCGUGCGCAUUAAAAACGCAGGAACUCAAACUGUAGCAGGGAAGAAAAUCUACCUCACACUUGAGAUUGGACAAACGAAAUGCCCCGCUAAUGAAACCAGUCAGUCAUGUUCUUUCGACGACAAGGCUGAUCGUCAACUUUGCAAAAUUGAAAUCUGGACACGACCGUGGCUGAAUGAACGCACGGUGACAAGUCUGAAGUGCGCAGUACUGGGAAUCAAUAAAAAAUGCACCUCUAAAAUGUGCAAACGUUCCAAGCGAUCUGUCGAUAAUGACAUAUCUCCGCAUUCCCAUCACCACCACAACCACCAACAUCAUAAAAAGAAUUUAAAGAAAACUCGGCGAUUGAAACACAUGACGGCAUUUCGCAGUUAUGCAAAACAAUUCAAUAAAGUUUACAAGACAUGGGAUGAAUUUGAACGUCGUUACAAAAUCUACAGGGCUAACCAAGAAAAAAUCCAAUUACUUAACCGAUACGAGAUGGGUACAGCUGUCUAUGGAGACACCCCGUUUUCAGACUGGAGCGCAGCCGAAUACAAGGCACACUUGGCCGGAUUUAAUCCGUCGCUUCGACAGUCAAAUGCUCGCCUUCGUCAAGCUGCCAUACCAGAGAUAGAUCUUCCAGACGAAUUUGAUUGGCGGAAUCAUAGCGUAGUUACGCCAGUUAAGGAUCAGGGAUCGUGUGGCUCCUGUUGGGCGUUUUCUGUUACUGGAAACGUUGAAGGAAUUUAUGCUGUUAGAAACGGAGAUCUUGUUUCGUUGAGCGAACAAGAGUUGGUAGAUUGCGACAAACUUGACAGUGGGUGCAACGGAGGUUUACCCGAAAAUGCAUACAAAGCCAUACAUGAUAUCGGUGGAUUGGAAACAGAAUCAGAUUAUCCAUAUAAUGGGCAUGAAAACAAAUGCAAAUUUAACUCAAAUAUAACCCGAGUGCAGGUCACAGGAGGUGUUGAGAUUUCGACCAAUGAAACAGAAAUGGCGCAAUGGCUUAUUCAAAAUGGACCUAUUUCGAUCGGUAUCAACGCAAAUGCUAUGCAAUACUAUCGAGGUGGUGUUAGUCACCCAUGGAAAGUUUUAUGCAGACCUGGAGGAAUUGAUCAUGGAGUACUAAUUGUUGGUUACGGAGUCUCACAGUACCCAAAAUUUAACAAAACUCUUCCAUACUGGAUUGUUAAGAAUAGUUGGGGAACUCGUUGGGGUGAGCAAGGAUACUAUAGAGUUUUCCGAGGAGAUGGUACGUGCGGAUUGAACCAGAUGUGUACAUCUGCUACUCUCGAUUGAAGGGAAACUAAAGACUCAUAAACUUCAAUGAAUCUCUUCCCCUAUUUUGCCGUGCCGUAUGUCAAACUUUAAUCUAUUUUAUUCGCUUGCGUUUUAUUUUUAUUUUUUUAUUCUUUAUUUAAAUUUCGCUCGGGAUUCAGCCAGCGCUGAAAGGGAAUGAAACAUACGAUUGAAUUUUUGGGCAAGGAUACAAGAGUUUUAGAAAGUUAUAUAUGUAUGUAUGAAUUCAGAUAUAAUCCCAAAUAAAUGAACGUGUAAUCAUC